CUUUUGAUUAUUAUUCACUGACCCUGCGUGCACAUUUUGUGUGCUUCAAAGUCCUUUCUAGCUGUAAAGUAAGCAGGCAGAAGAUGCAAGACCCCAUCAUUGAGCCUACACAACCAAAUCACAUGUCCACACUUAUUUGUGUUAUUGUUUCACUUUGUCACUGACACUGUCAUUGUGUAAACGACUUGCCUGACUCACCUGCGUGUAUCUCUGUAAGCCAAUUAGGCCGCGGAGAUUUCCUGACGCUUAUAGCUUGCUCGCACAUGAGGAGUUGCGGGCGAGCGUCCAAAACCAGGAGGCCGCCAGCCAAUUAUUAGCCCGCGAGGGGGCCGGGGGGAACCUGUUGUUGUGGGUUUUUAAGCCCCUGUUGUGUAAGGGUGAUGGCGCACCACCACCAACACAACAAAAACAGCAUUGCACCAUGGGAACUGAUUCAAUGCUGCAGAAGAAUGGCGGCGGAUGGAUCAGCAAAGUGGUUAUGUCAUAAAUCUUCUCUGUGGUGACCCAAAAAAAACAAAAAAAAAACUAGGGCAAUGGCACAGAUUUCCCUCCUUCCACGCCUCUCCCAUGCUCAGUCAUGUCUCACCCCCUCCUCCACCACGCACAACGUUAUAUAUAAGAGUGUUUAUAAAGUGGGAGAUUAAAUACAUCAGAUGGGGAUGCACAAACAAGAGGAGGAUGUGAGAGGGUGAAUGGCUAAUCUCUAACAGAAAUAAGAUCUUACAUAAGCAUGCAUGCUGUCAGCCCCACUUACUGUUUAUCUGUGCACAAGCAUGCACACCGCUUGCAUGUGUGUGUGUGCGCAUGUGUGUGCAGUAUGUGUGUGUGUGUGUGUGUGUGUGUGUGUAAACCUUUGGCGGCCCUUGAACUCAAUGAACCUUUUGUGUCCAUUCAUUCAUUCAUUCAUUCAUUCAUUCAUUCAUUCAUGCAUGCAUGCAGUGAGCCUGAAUUCAUUGAUAGUUCUCAACCCAGCGUGUACCCUACUGCAUAAUACUGCAAGUAUAAAGUUGCGGAAUCAUAAAAAUACAAAUAAAUUGGAUAUACAACGUUGCACACUGCAAAAAGUCAGUGUUCAAAAACAAGAAAAAAAAAGAAGCAAAAAUUAGGGGUAUUUUAUUUGAACUAAGCAAAAUUAUCUGCCAAUAGAACAAGAAUAUUUGGCUUGUCAAGACUUUCCAAAACAAGUAAAAUUAGCUAACCUCAAUUAAUCCAAAUAUACCUUAAAAUAAGUAUAUUCUCACUAAGUUUCGGACUAUAAGUCGUUUUUUUUCAUAGUUUGGCCGGGGGUGCGACUUAUACUCAGGAGCGACUUAUGUGUGAAAUUAUUAACACAUUACCGUAAAAUAUCAAAUAAUAAUAUUUAGCUCAUUCACGUAAGAGACUAGACGUAUAAGAUUUCAUGGGAUUUAGCGAUUAGGAGUGACAGAUUGUUUGGUAAACGUAUAGCAUGUUCUAUAUGUUAUAGUUAUUUGAAUGACUCUUACCAUAAUAUGUUACGUUAACAUACCAGUUGGUUAUUUAUGCCUCAUAUAACGUACACUUAUUCAGCCUGUUGUUCACUAUUCUUUAUUUAUUUUAAAUUGCCUUUCAAAUGUCUAUUCUUGGUGUUGGCUUUUAUCAAAUACAUUUCCCCCAAAAAAUGCAACUUAUACUCCAGUGCGACUUAUAUAUGUUUUUUCCCUUCUUUAUUAUGCAUUUUCGGCCGGUGCGACUUAUACUCCGGAGCGACUUAUAGUCCGAAAAAUACGUCUAAUUUUCCCUGUCGAGGCUCCUGGGUGGAACUGGAGGAGCUGAUCGCAGCCGUUAGCCGCAGGGAGAGUCUAUCAGGGCCGCAGGAUAGCAUCUCCUCCGCCCUGCAGGGGGAGCUAGAGAGGAUCCUCCUGGAAGCGCAGCUGGAAUGUGAGAGGAAUCGAGACAGUCCCCCGCAGGUCGUGACCCCGCAGACGGCCGGUUCCCCCAGACCCCCCAGUGACCCCGACAGUGACUGUAUCACCAUACAGGAGGAGGGUGACAGGAGAGACACUGAUUGGGUGUGGGACUGGUCCAGCAGGCCCGAAAAUAUGCCACCAAAAGAGUUCGUGUUUCAGCACCCGAAGCAGCCGAGCUCUCUCAGCGUCCGAAAGACGGAAGUGAUGAAGAGGGGGAUCUUUUCAUCGGACGUGCUCCUCAUCCUCGUUCCUUCGCUGCUGGCUUCCCAUCUCCUCACGCUCGGCAUCGGCAUCUACAUAGGAAAGCGUUUGGCUUCUUCCACAACUAGUACACUGUGACAUUAGCUCGAUGCUCACCUCCCUCCCCACCCCCCCCCCGUGUCCCCUAAUCGCUAACGUGUUGGCCAGUAAGGUCAUGUCCUCUUCUUCAUCACAACCAUAGUACCUCGCCUGUUUGCUUUUGUGUGUGUGUGUUCUUGUAUUUCUACCCUUCUUGAGACACCAACAAGGAAAAGUACCUUCCAUGUGAGGACCGGUGAACAAGUUCCCAAUAUGGAAAACCAUUGCAUCUAACAGAGAAUGUCUCAUUUGCACCCCUGGUGGUGAAAUCUAUCAAAAUUAGGAUGGUCCCAAAAAGGAUGGAUUUUUCAAAUUGACUGUGUGUCGGUUUUAAAAGUGCUCCCCCUCUGGUCAACGUAUGAAAUAACAAGUGUGUGCAAAAAUUUGAAAUGCUCCCUCUCUGGCCAACAUAUGAAAUAACAAGUGUGCAUACAAAUUUGAAGUGCUCCACCUCUGGCCAACAUAUGAAAUAACAAGUGUGUGUAAAAAUUUGAAGUGCUCCCCCUCUGGCUAACAUAUGUAAUAACAAGUGUGUGUAAGAAAUUGAAAUGCGUCCCCUUUAGCCAAAAUAAAUAAAUAAAAUAAAAUAAAUAUAUGUACAUAGAGGCAUUCUGUAAUAACUUAAGUAAAUAAAGAUUAAUAACCGAUUACCCUAUUUUUCGGACUAUAAGUCGCAGUUUUUUUCAUAGUUUCAUAAGUUGCUCCAGUGCAACUUAUAUAUGUUUUUUUCCUUCUUUAUUAUGCAUUUUCGGCAGGUGCGACUUAUACUCCGGUGCGACUUAUACUCCGAAAAAUACGGUACAAACAAAACAUUCAACAAAAACAUUUUUUUUUACUAAAAGCAGUCUUUUUCUCACAAUGUGCCGAUUUUUUUCUUAUAAAAUUGGGAACAAUUUCUCAUGUUCUCCCUGUUUCUGUAAUAUUGCAAUAUUUUCUCCUAAAAUUAUUACUUUUAUGUAAAAUUAUUACUUUUAUGUAAAAUUAUUACUUUUUAAUGCAAAAUGGUGACAUUUGUCAUAUAAAAUUCGGACUUGUAUCACAAUAUUGCCAUUUUUCCCGUUGUUCUUGUAAAAUAGUGACAUUUUUUGAGUAAAAUUAUGCUAACUAAAAUUCCGGUUAUUAUAAUAUUGCCAACAUUUUAAAGUUUUCUUAUACAAUUGUGAUUUUUGUCGAAUACAAUUGUGACUCUUUUCAUAAAACUGCCAAAAUUGUAAGCUUUUCUUGUAAAAUUGCGACUGUUAUCGAGUAAAAUUCCAACUUUUUUCAUAACAUUGCAAACAUUUUCAGUUUUUCUUGUAAAAUUUUGACAUGCGUCGAGUAAAAUUACAACUUUUAUUAUAACACUGCCAAAAUUCUAAGUUUUUCUUGUGAAAUUCCAACUUAUUUUUCCACAACAGACUUUUUUAUAUUUGCAUAGUAUAUACGUAUUAUUAAUGUUGUAAAUACAAAUAUUUAUACAGUAUAUCUAGAAAGGGUGGUAGGCAUUUUUCAGAGGUCUCAAGAAGGUAACAAAUACAAGAAUGGGUGCGUGUGUGUGUGUGUGUGUGUGUGUGUGUGUGUGUGUGUGUGUGCAAGCAGCAGCUAGUUGUGCAUGUUGUACAGCCCUAAGGGGAGGGUAGGAGAGGUGGUGUAUGAAUGGACGCGAGCCAAUGAGUCAGACUGAGGUCACUUUUGCCUCUAAAGAAUAAUCAGAGACAUUGUCCACAUGAUACAACAAAAGGAGAAUUUCCUCAUCUAAAAUAGAAGAACAACAUCAGUCUUUGUCUGAAGCAAAGAUAAAAUAUGUUAGCCCUUUGGACAACCUUGAAUAAAAAGCUGUCAUUUGUCACAAGUAAUGGCCAUUUGUAAAAAAAAAAAAACAGAAAAAAAAGUUAUUUUUUCCUCUGCCAUAUAUUUAAAGUAGAGUUGUUUUUUCUUUGUGAGAGUAGGAGUGCUUGUCCUUUUUGUGUCCCCUAAUCCCAUUAAAUAUUUAACCUCCCACUAAGACAAUUUCAGUCCCAUUAAACAUCACUCCUCCAAAACUCAAA